AUGCGGGUGCCUGAGCGCAUGAAGACCGUGGAGCGCUUGAAGCUGUGCACGGUGUGCUUGAGCAGCCAUGGCAACAGCGCGUGCCAUUCGAAGAUGCGCUGCCAGAUCGGAAAUUGUCGAGGACAACAUCAUCCGCUACUUCACCGCGAGGAAGCUGCGAGGCAGUUCCAGCGGGUUGACUGCAACACGCACAAGGUCGACGGCGGGGUGAUCUUCCGGACCAUUCCGAUCACCAUGUACGCGGGGAGCAAGGCGUUCAACACUCUGGCGUUUUUGGACGAAGGAUCGUCGAGUACACUCAUGGAGGAGUACGUGGCCAACAAGCUGGGAGUGCAAGGAAAGCUGGAGCCGCUGGUCGUGUCCUGGACUGCCGAGAUCGAUCGGCACGAGAACCAAUCUCGCCGGGUGAGCCUGACGCUUGCGGCCAGAGGUUCGAGAGAGAUGUUCCAGUUGGAGAACGUGCGGACGGUUUCGAAGCUGCAGUUGCCGCAGCAAGAUGUGAGGUUUAAGGAGGUGCAGAAGCGGUACGGUCAUCUGGCGGGCGUACAGGUUGCGGAGCAGGUCAAGGAGAAACCGACCAUCUUGAUCGGGCUUGACAACAUUCAUCUCUUCGCGCCGCUGGAAUCAAGAGUCGGUCAACAAGGCGAACCGAUUGCUGUCCGUUCAAAGCUCGGCUGGACCGUGUACGGACCUGAUACACCCAAGCCCUUGGUGCAUACGUUCCUGAAUCUGCAUGUCGUCAAGCCGGCCAGUAAUCAAGAACUCCACGACAUGAUGAGGGACCAGUACGUUCUCGACGAAGCUGGUGUUGCGUCGUUUUCGGUGCCGGAGUCCGCCGAAGAACAACGAGCGAAGAAAAUCUUGGAGACGACGACGAAGCGCACCGGAGAGCGGUUCGAAAUCGGUCUGCUGUGGCGCGAGGACGAGCGGCGAUUCCCGGACAGCUACCCGAUGGCAACGCGGCGGCUGCAGGUGUUGGAGAGAAAGCUGGACAAGAACCCAACGUUGAAGCAGAACGUCUCUCAACAGAUCGCGGAGUACCAGAACAAGGGGUACGCGCACAAAGCAACGGCCGAGGAACUGAAGACGCCCAGCAACGCCGUUUGGUAUCUGCCACUGAACGUCGUCCUGAACCCUCGGAAGCCGGACAAGACAAGACUGGUUUGGGACGCGGCGGCGUCGGUACGGGGUGUCUCGCUGAACUCACAGCUGCUCAAGGGACCGGACAUGUUGGUGCCACUGCCACGAGUUGUGUGUCGUUUCCGGGAGAGACCGAUCGCGCUGGGUGGGGACAUCCAAGAAAUGUACCAUCAGAUCAGGAUCAGAGAGGAGGACAAGCAAGCUCAACGCUUCCUGUUCCGCGAGAACCCUGCCGACGCUCCGCAGGUGUACGUCAUGGACGUUGCAACUUUCGGGUCGGCUUGCUCCCCAAGUUCGGCUCAGUUCGUGAAGAACCUGAACGCGGACCAGUAUGCGGAGGAGUUCCCGGAGGCAGCGGCGGCAAUUAAGGAACGACACUACGUGGACGACUACUACGACUCGGUGGACACGGUCGAGGAAGCGAUUCGGCGGGCCAACGAGGUGAAGUACAUCCACUCGAAAGGAGGUUUCAACAUCCGGAAUUGGGUGUCUAACUCGAAGAAGGUGCUGGACGCGAUGGGAGAACGAAGCGUGAAGACAUCCGUGCACUUCAACCAGGAAAAGUCGGCUUUCUACGAGCGUGUACUCGGCAUAGUCUGGGAACCGGAUCAGGACGUGUUCUGUUUAGCGGUGGCCUCGAAGCCGGAGUUCCGUGACGUUCUGGCGGGAGAGCGACGUCCGACCAAGCGGAUCGUGCUGAGUGUGGUCAUGGCGCAAUUCGAUCCAGCGGGAUUCCUCGGACCGAUCACCAUUCUCGGGAAGAUCCUGGUGCAAGAUCUGUGGCGCACGGGAUGCGAGUGGGACGAAAUGAUCGACGAGUUGGCUUUCCAGAGGUGGCUGCGUUGGAUCAACAUUUUGGCGGACGCGAAGCACUUCAAACUACCAAGGUGCUAUUUCGGGAACGUGCGGUGGGACGAGAUUGAGGAGAUUCAGCUGCACAUCUUCGCGGAUGCGGGCGACAAGGCAUACGGAUGCGUGGCGUAUUUCCGGGCAGUUGUCCGGGGCGAAGUGGUGGUGGCGCUGGUGAUGAGUCGGUCCAAGGUGGCGCCCCUGAAAAUGCUGUCCAUCCCGCGUCUGGAGCUGGAGUCGUGUGUACUUGCGGCGCGCAUGUCCCAGGCGAUUCACGACAACCACAGUUUCCCGAUCAGCAAGACCUUUUUCUGGACUGAUUCGGCGGUCGUCCUGUCGUGGAUCCGUUCCGAUCAGCGUCGCUACAAACAGUUCGUUGGAUUUCGGAUUGGUGCCAUUUUGAGCAUGACGUCGCUGAUGGAUUGGAACUUCGUCCCGACACAACAUAACAUCGCCGACAUCCUGACGAAGUGGGGUAAGGACCCGAACGUCCGGCCCGACAGUCCGUGGGUCUGCUGCCCAAGGUUCAUCCACGACCAGCAAGUAAACUGGCCGAAGAAAAGCCUGCCCCCACCGAACACCACGGAGGAACUUCGCGUGCAUCUUCUUCUACACGACGUGAAGGUGGUGGACACCAUCGUGGAGGCGAACCAUUUCUCAAGGUGGACGAUGCUGGUGAGGACCAUGGCGUGCGCUCACCGAUUCGUGUCGAACCUCAAGCGGAAAACGAAAGGGCUGCCGAUGGAGACGCUGCGUGCGACGAAGGCGCAGGCGAAGAUGCUGAGACCGACGACGGUACCAUCGGUACGUGUGGCUCUGCAGCAGGACGAGUACAAGCAGGCGGAGGUGUACCUGCUGAAGAUGGUGCAGGCGGAGAGCUUCAUCGACGAGGUGAAAGUGAUGACCAGGAACAAGGAUCGUCCGGCGGAUCAGUGGCUCGCCCUCGAAAAAUCAAGUCCGCUGUACAAGCUGACUCCACUGGUCGACGAAGACGGCCUGCUGCGGAUGGAGGGUAGAACCGAGAACGCGGAGUUUCUGCCUUUCGAUCUGAGAUUCCCAGUGAUUCUACCGAAGGAUCACCAUGUCACCCGGAUGAUUGUCCAGCACUACCACCAGAAGUUCGGACACGGAUAUCGCGAGACGAUCAAGAACGAGCUGCGCCAGCGUUUCUUCAUUCUGGGGGUCAACACACUGGUUCGACAAGUGGCGGCGGCGUGCGUCUGGUGCAAGGUGCACCGCAAUCAGCCGUUGGUUCCAAGGAUGGCGGCGCUUCCUGUGCAACGCAUCACACCGAAUCUUCGCCCGUUCAGUUACGUCGGGGUUGAUUAUCUGGGUCCGCUCGACGUGUCAGUGGGACGUCGGUCCGAGAAGCGUUGGGUAGCGCUGUUCACAUGCUUCGUCACGCGCGCGGUGCAUCUGGAGGUGGCGUAUGGACUGACGGCACAAACGUGUCUGAUGGCGAUUCGCCGUUUCAUCUGUCGUCGAGGCCCUCCGGUCGAGUUCUUCUCCGACAACGGAACGAACUUUCGGGGCGCGAGCAAGGAGCUGGUGGAGACGGUGCGGAGCAUCGGGAACGACUGCGCCGAGGUGCUGACAACGUCGAGAACGAAGUGGACCUUCAACCCACCCGCUGCACCCCACAUGGGGGGUGUUUGGGAGCGUCUGGUCCGCUCUGUGAAGGAGGCGCUGGAGGCGUUGGACGACGGGCGGCGGCUGACGGACGAGAUUCUUAUGACCUGUCUGGCGGAAGCGGAGGACAUGAUAAACUCACGUCCGCUCACGUACGUGGCUCAAGAAUCGUCGCAGGCGGAGGCACUCACACCAAAUCACUUCAUCCGAGGAGUUUCACCGAACGAACCCAACACGGUUCCGCCAUCCCCUCACCCUGCAGAAGCUCUACGUGACGCCUACAAGCGGUCGCAACAGUUGGCAGAUGUGAUGUGGCAGCGCUGGAUCAAGGAGUACGUGCCGUCGGUGAAUCAACGCACGAAGUGGUUCGGUGAGUCGAGGCCGCUGAAGGCGGGCGACCUGGUCUACAUCGUCGACGGGAAGAACAGGAAGUCCUGGAUCCGUGGAGUGGUCGAGGAGCCAGUCGUGUCCGGCGACGGAAGGAUUCGCCAAGCAUGGGUGCGAACCAACAGCGGGCUGGUGAAGCGCGCGACAGCGAGGCUGGCCGUGCUAGAGAUCGAGGGUAAACCUGCUUCAGAAGCCUCGGAACCGGGUUUACGGGCCGGGGGAUGUUGA